AACCCCAGCAGCUCUGAUCUCAACUCGUGCACUGUUUACCUUGCCGCAGACCAUUUAUUCUUUAAAGAAGUCGGUUCAGGUUCUGAAAGCGUCACAGUCGCAGAGAUGGUGUAUCACGUGGCAAUGGCUGAUAAGAUAUUCAGGGGAACAGACUUCAACCAAGAUGGCGGGCCUGGAGAUGGCGUUGGAUUUGUCAUAGCGGCUGUCACUGUGUUUAAAGAGGCGCAAGCGGAAGGUUCCUUAGCGAGCCCAGACGAUAUCAGUAUCUUGUCAUACCUUACCAAAUGGAGCGAGAUUGAUCAUGACGAUUACUGCUUAGCCUUACUCUUCACCUAUAGAGACUUUCCUAGCGGGGCUCUGGGCCUAGCGUGGAUUGCGAGCACUGAUCAGAUGGACCCUGGAGGUAUAUGCUCCCCGGAGACUUACUUGGAAGGAAAAGAAGAACCAAUGUACUUUAAUACAGGAGUAGUAACGCUUUUAAACUACGGAGCUCGAGUACCAAGGAAGGCCACAGUUAUCACAGUAGCACACGAAUUGGGUCACAGCUUUGGAUCCGAGCAUGAUCCAGCUACGGCCCAGUGCUCCCCAGGAGGACAAGCGGGUAACUUUAUCAUGUAUCCAAAAGCAAGCGACGGACAUGAACCCAACAAUUACCUGUUCUCCUCUUGUAGCAAGCAGGAGGUGUCCUCUGUUAUCUCUGCAAGAGGACCGCUUUGUUUUAUUGCUCAUAAUAACGGGUCAUACUGUGGUAAUAAGAUAGUAGAAGAAUAUGAAGAUUGUGAUUGUGGAAGUCCAGAGGAAUGCCUCGUAGUCGACAAGUGUUGUGUGGCGCGAAAUGACGCCAUGAAAGUACCCGGAUGUACGAUCCAGCCGGGAAAACAAUGCAGUAACGUGGCAGGGAAAUGUUGCGCGGAGGAUUGUACUUUUAUCUCAGCAUCUCAAAGACUCGUUUGUCAAGCCGAAACAGAAUGCAGUAUGGUUUCUAUUUGCAAAUAUCCUUUGAUUAUAUUAGGUGGACGCCGCCAUUUUGAAACUCACUUGGUAACCUGGCUACUUGGCUUUGACGUAACAAAGUCUCGCUCUUUUAAAGGUACCUUUAAAUGCGGUCAGGAGGGGCGUUGUCCUCAAGCUGAGUCAAAACCUAAGAAUGUAACAUGCAAUGCAGGGUUGAACACGUGCCAGGAGGGUGCCUGUAUUGGUACAAUAUGUGCACUAUAUGGGACCAACGAUUGUGAAUGCCAUCAGAACAGAGAAGAAAUGUGCCAUGUCUGCUGUAACGGUAGUAAUGGAGUUUGCAUAUCAGCUCAGCAUUUCCUGGGUCGCGUCAUCUUAAAACGUCCCGGCAGCACUUGCAAGCAUCACCAAGGUUACUGUGACGAGCAUGGUUUGUGCGUCACUGUGGACAGUGAAGAUCAACUCAACACUCUCAGGGAGGUUUUUAGAAGAUUUUUCACCAAGGAAACUAUGGGGAACCUGUGGAGCUGGAUGACAAGAGAAUGGUAG